CAAUUGUUCCAGCAUUGUGUUACAUAAAUUGUCGUGAUACUUUGUCUUCUCCUAUAGUACGCUUGUAGAGGCUCAUCACUAUUUCAUUCAUCCAUUCGUUCACUGUCAUGAAGAUUUCCAGUGUUGCUUGCCUUUUCAUGGCGACAUCGGCCUCCGCCUUUGUACCUUUCCACGCGCAACCGCGUGCGUUCGCCUCGGCUCCGGCGCGGCCACUCUUUGCGGAGGGUGAAACCGCUCCGCCGGCACCCGCAGCCGCCGCCCCGGCUGUCAACAAGGCCAAGGCGCCGGUAUCGUCCAGUGCGCUGGUCCCCAUCAAGGAAGAAACCGUCGAAUUCACCGCAGGGAUCCUGGGAGGUGCCGCUGGCUUCCUCGUUGGAGGACCCGUCGUUGGAGCCAUCACCGCGGCAGCCGCUAACUACGCAUCCAAGAUGGAUGGGGACGUUCCGGAUAUCGUCCAGGCUGUCUCCAAGACAGGAAUCCAGAUCUACAACUACUUUGCGACGCUCGACGAAAAGUACGAAAUCCUUAAAAAGGCCCAAGAUUCUCUCCAGGGGACCCUGGAUAAACUCAAGGCUCAAGAAACCGUGGACAAGGAGGCUAUUGCCAAAGUGGAAAAGGCUCUAUCCAACACCAAGUCCAAAAUCGAGGAAAUCAACGACGAAUACGAUCUGGUUGGUGGAGGUCUAACGGCACUCGGAGUCGUUGGAGAUUUAGUGGAAAAAACCAUCAAGAAAGCCGGCGAAUUGAAUGAAGAGUACAAGCUCACCGAUAAGGCUAUGGCGUCCAUUAACAGUGCAGUCACCAAGGCCAAGGAAGCAUCCAAGAGUUCUUAGACAAGGACGAGUUCUAACUGACAGAUUACCACCCUCCAACAAAACUUCCGUGGCGUUUUCUAUAAGGCAAUAGGGAGAUAUACAAGCAGCUAUUUCGAGCAAAACCAUGUUAGAUAUUUACUCUGAUCAUUCGUU